AUGGCCAAGAACCCAGUUUUUCAUCAAAGAACUAGGCACAUAAACAGAAGGUAUCAUUUCAUAAGAGAAGCUUUGCAAGAAGGUGUGAUCAAUAUGCAAUUCUGCAGAAGUGAAGAACAGCUCGCAGAUAUUUUUACUAAAACACUGCCCAAAGACAGAUUUAAGUAUCUAAGGUCGAAACUUGGAGUUAAGCCAGUAAGGAGCUUAGGAGAGGCUGUUGAGAGUUAA